AUGUCCACAGGAACAGAUCAGCCUACGCCCCGGCCUUACCGAUCCCAUUUGCGACCAGCCUGUUUGCAGUGCAGGCGGCGUAAGUCAAGAUGCCAGCAGCAAGAGGGAAUCACGUCGUCGACCUGUCAAAUGUGCCAUGUCUAUGGCACCGACUGCGAGUUCCCACCAUCUCCUCGCAGUGCAGGUCGCACACCGCUCAACCCCGGAAAAGUCCAGAAAUCCUAUCGCACCUCUCAAUCUAACACGCCAUGUCGGCGAGAGCCUCUGGCUUCAGCCAAGGUACAUGUUUCCGUACCCCAGAGUAGCACCAUACGGGCAUCGUGUUCUCCACCAACGAGCACGACGUCCAGCUCGGGCCCCAAAGUUGUGCUUGAUCCGCACAAUACCCAUUUGAUGCUGGCGCUGGACAGCCCUGAAGACGAAGACAACUCGCACAUCAUUGGCCCAGCUGUCACAAACGACACCCAGGUGUUGGCUGACUACUUGAGUUCUGAGCCAAGCAUCCACGAACGGAUGAUCCGUGUGGUGAAGCCUAGACCUGGAGCUCAGGUGGGCCAGAUGCCCCGUCCUGCUAUGGCGGGUGGGAUCCGGAAGCCUGUCAUCUUUACGGCGGUUCGGAAGCGCCCCUAUGGUCUGUCACCGAGACAAACAGCACCGUUGCAAAAAUACCAGAUUGUGGAAAAGAUGUUGGAGCCAUGGACUUCAACACUGAUAGAUCUUUACUUCCAAAAGGUCAACAUAUGUUUUCCGCUUCUGGAUGAGGUUUCAUUCAAGCACCAAUUCAACACAGCAAGAGACAGGAUAUCGCCGGCGCUCUUAUCGGUCCUCUAUGCACACUCUAUGAUCUUCUGGAAAACGAGUCCAGAAUUGUCCUCGCAAUAUUGUCCAGACUCUCGGUUUAUCUGGAACCAAGCCACAGGAACCUUGUUUUCUGAACUCCACAUUUCGCCUGGAAUUUCUACCAUUAUCGCCAUUAUUCUCAAUGUGGGAGGUAGACCAACCACGUCAAUGAUCAUGAACGAGAUUCAGCUCGGCGCUGCUGUGUCACUGGCUCAAUCACUGGGGCUCAACAGAGACCCCGUAGACUGGAACAUUUCCAUGCCGGAGAAGUGUCUGCGGAUGAAGAUAUGGUGGGCACUCGUUGUACAUGACAAGUGGUUGAGCCUAGCCUACGGAACGCCACCUCAGAUCAAGCGCUAUCAGUACGAUGUUCCAGAUCCCUCGCUGGAGUAUCUCACCGGGAAAGACGCAAGCGAAGCUCAAAUCGCGGCCGCUUCGGUCUUUAUCGGUCUGGUCACUUUGACCGGGGUUCUCGAUAAGUAUCUGGAGCACGUCUACGACCUUAACCAAGGCCGAGACCAAGAUAGCAGCCAGACAUCCCUUGACUUGGAGCUCAGCCUUGGCCAGUGGGAAGAUUCCCUGAGCGACGACGUUAGGCGAGUUAUUACCCGCGGAAACAACCUGCAUAUCCCCGGCGCCGCGAACCUGAGACUAGCUUAUCUCUCAACCGUGCUACUACGCAGGAGAAUCGAGCUCGAUAUCGAGAAGCAGGAGGACUCGGUUCCCGGUGACGCACUCACGAACCGAUACAUCCAAGUUCGCCGCGCCGCGGAGGAGAUUGUGCUCCUUGUACAGGAGCUGGAGGAAAUCCACCUCAGUGAUUUCUGGCUUCCAGUCAGCGCGUUCGCAUUCACGUCGGCGAUGACGUUCCUCUUGCGAUGCGCCCUGGAAACCGAGAACACCGCCGGUGGCUUGGCUCAGAGCGCAUCUCUGAAGCUGGCCAAGAACUUGAUCGACUCCUUGCAAUCUCACCAACAGAACUCUGGAUGGGAUCUGGGUGACCUCUGUUUGGCUCAGUACGCCGAGGUUGUUGAGCGUUUGCAGACUGCUGAUAGCCCUUCGGCGACGGUUCCGGAGUUUCAACAGCUGAUGAUGUCCUCGGACGUUCCAAUGAUUGAUGAGCUAUUUCCUAAUCUCUGGGAUAUGUUUUGA